AGGAGUACUUACAAUUUAUAUUAUUUACAUUCUUACAGAACAAUUUUUUUCAGAAUGAAACAGGAGCAUCUCUCCCUAAACUUAUAUAUAUAUAUAUACAUGUAAAAAUAUUAUAUACACACACGGAAAGCCAAUUGCAAAUUCUCUCUCUCCGAUUCUGUUUUUCUAAUUUCCUUUCGCUUUCCCAUCUAUUGCUUUUGCCGGAAAAUUACACAACGCAGUGAGAAUUAAUCUCGCCGCCGACAGACUCCAGAUUUCAGGCGAGGUAAAGAUAAUUACAUAUUGCUUAAUUAUCAGUUAUUCUUGAGCAUGGUGCGCUCUUACUUUCGCUUCAGAUCUGUCGAAGCUCGGGAGCAUAAUUGAGAACCCUGUUCAAGAAAAAUUGUUUCUCGGGCAAUUUGGGGUGAAUUCUUGUCGAAUUUAGCGCAAUUUGAUUAGAAUUGAAGGGGCUUGUUAUGUAUCUUAUGUAGUUAAUGCAUGUAAUGGAAGGGAGAGUAGGAUCAGGAGUGUUGAAGAAGAAGAGUUCGUCUGGGUGUUUGAUAAUAAAAAAGGCGGGCGCGAAUAAGAAUUUGGGGGGAGGAUUGGGGGGUUUGGGUGACAGCAGUAAGGGGAAAAAGAGGGCUAGAUUGAUUGCCAGUGGAUCGGAUUCGAGUUCGAGCAGCUCCAGCAGUGACGAUGAUGAGUCUUUGGAGUUUAUGAGAAGAAAAGUGAACCAGAAGAGAUUGAAGGGCUCAACGGGGUAUAAGAGGAACGAGGGCAAUGCUGGGGUUGAUGUUAGUGCUGAGAAUAAGAGGAAUAGGUUGGAUUUGUUUGAAUUUGAUGAGUAUGAUGAAUUUGAUGGGAAGAAGAUGAGGAAUGAGUUUUUGCAGGAUAGAUUCAAGAGGGUUGGGAGGAAUGAUGGUGGGAAUGUCAAGGAAUCUAGUGGUAAUUCGAACAGGAAUCGUGCUGUGGAUAAGCGGAAACAAGGUUCAUAUUUCAAUGGUUCUAGUAGUGGGAGGAGUAAGAAGGUAGGGGGCAGUGGCAUCAGGAGUAAAGGAUUUGGUUCGUCCGAUGAUGAAGCACACAUGCCGAUUUCUUCGUUGAAUGUGAAAUCUCAGGAGACGGCUGGUGAGUCAAUCAGGCUGCAGGGGAAGAACGGGGUGCUGAAGGUUAUGGUUAAUAAGAAGAAAAAGAUGGAUUUUCCCUCUCAACAUAAGAAUCAUGAUACUUUGGUGAAGGACUCGGCCGAGGAUUUACCAGUUUGUCCAGAUUCAAAGACACCUAAAAGUCGAGGCUUGUUAGUUGGCAAGGAAAGAAAUGGUGGGAAGGAGAAAGAGGAAAUAAAGUUGGAAAAGGUGAAUCCUAUUUCAAAUAAAAACAGGAAGGCUAGAGAUUCAGGUGUUGAUGAGACUGAUAUAGUGUUGGCAAUGCCCAGACCUCAAGCUUGUAGCUCAAAGAAAGCAGUGAAAAAGGAGGCAGAAAGGUCUCCAAGCACUGAAAUUUCUCCUCCUGUUAAACUCAAACAGGGUAAAGGAGGCAACGCAAAGCGUGGUGGAAGUACUGAAAAGCAAAUGUUGCGUGAGAAGAUAAGAGGGAUGUUGAUUGAUGCAGGGUGGAGUAUAGAUUAUAGACCAAGACGAAACAGAGAUUACUUAGAUGCUGUGUACAUCAACCCUAGUGGGACGGCCUACUGGUCGAUUAUCAAGGCUUAUGAUGCGUUUGAAAAGCACUUGAAGGAAGACAAUGAUAAAGUAAAAGCAGAGGUUGGUUCCCCCUCAUUUGCUCCUCUAUCUGAAGAUCUGAUAAAUAAACUUACCAGACAAACCAAAAAGAAAAUUGCUGAAGAAAUGAAAAGAAAGAGAAAGGAAAAUAGCAUGACAAGGAGUGGUAAGAAAUCUGCUGUAAAAGAGGCUGAAGAGAGCUCAGACAGCGAUCAGAGUGAGGAGCGGCUAAGUUCUUAUAUAAAACAGAAGCAGAAGUUGCGGGGAAAGUUGUGUAAAGUGGAUCAAGAUAGCGACAAUGACUUAAGUGAUGAUUCACUCAAUAGGAAGCCAAGGAAAGCCAAAUUUGAAAAACCUUCAACUUCUUCCAAGUCUAAUCCCAUACAGGGAAGAACAAGUAAAGUGAUUGGGAGAUGCACCCUCCUGGUCCGUGGUUCUGACCGGGGAGAUAACUCAGACUUUGACGGAUACGUUCCAUAUAGGGGGAAACGGACGGUAUUGGCUUGGCUAAUUGACUGUGGGACGGCAAAGUUAAGUGAAAAGGUGCAGUAUAUGAACCGCAAGAGGACAAAGGUUAUGUUAGAAGGCUGGAUCACAAGAGAUGGAAUCCACUGUGGUUGCUGCAGUAAAAUCCUUACAGUCUCAAAGUUCGAGUUGCAUGCUGGCAGCAAGCUGCGUCAGCCGUUCCAGAAUAUAUUUUUGGAGUCUGGAUCCUCCCUUUUGCAAUGCCAAAUUGAUGCGUGGAACAGUCAAGAGGAGUCCUUGCAUCGGGAUUUCUUCACUGUUGAUGUGGAUGGAGAUGAUCCAGAUGAUGAUACAUGUGGAAUUUGUGGUGAUGGAGGGGACUUGAUCUGUUGUGAUAGUUGCCCGUCAACUUUUCAUCAAGUCUGUUUAGGAAUACAGAUGCUUCCUUCAGGUGAUUGGCACUGUCCAAACUGUAUAUGCAAAUAUUGCGGGCUUGCCAGUGAAAAUAUGGCUGAAGAAAAUAGUAUUAUUUGCGGUGAACUUAAUAGAUGCGACUUCUGUGAGAAAAAAUAUCACAACUCAUGCAGUGAGAGGGCACACCUGCAACCAAGUUCUAGCAGUGCAUCUUUCUGUGGGCUGAAGUGCCAAGAGAUAUAUGAUCACUUACAGAAGAUUCUUGGAAUCAAACACGAAUUGGAAGCUGGAAUAUCAUGGUCCGUUAUCCAACGGUCAGAUGUGUCUGAUGCAUCGCAGCGUGGAUUUCCUUCAAGGGUUGAAUGCAACUCUAAAUUAGCUGUUGCAUUAUCUGUUAUGGAUGAGUGUUUUUUGCCUAUCAUUGACAGAAGAAGCGGAAUAAAUAUAAUACACAAUGUGGUCUAUAAUUGCGGAUCAAAUUUUAACCGGCUGAACUAUCGUGGAUUUUAUACAGCAAUACUGGAACGGGGUGAUGAAAUAAUAGCCGCAGCGUCAAUCAGGCUCCAUGGAGACCGUCUAGCUGAGAUGCCAUUUAUUGGGACUCGUGAGAUCUAUAGGCGUCAAGGAAUGUGCCGCCGGCUUUUAUCUUCAAUUGAAACUGAACUCGGUUCUCUGAAGGUCGGACAACUGAUUAUUCCCGCCAUAUCAGAGCAUAUGAACACGUGGACGGCCGUAUUUGGUUUCCACGAACUCGAGGAUGCCCUUAAGAAAGAAAUCAAGUCCAUGAAUAUGUUGGUGUUUCCGGGGACGGAUAUGCUGCAGAAACAGUUUGUGAAGCAAGAAAAUUCUGAUGGCGGUAUGGUUUCUGAACCAACUAAGAACCAACCUCCAUCACCUGCCUUGGUUGAGAAAUCGGAGGCUAGUUUGUCAGAGGAACAGAAUAGACGGGCGAGCAGCGAUUCUGGGGGGUGCCCAACAUCCAAGAGCUGUGAUGAAGUUGAUGCUCUCGAUUCAGGUUCUCCGCUACCAGCCAUUCCUUCAGAUGCUUCUUGUGAAGAAUCUGUUUGUGAAAACAAGCAGAAAGAGUCCUCUGAUAAUUUGAAGUUCUCUCCCAUCGCUGCUGUUGACGGUAACGUCUCCGAUGAGGGGCACAGAUCGUCAGAACCUCCUGCAGAUGAUGAUUCCAUCACAACAGUGAAGGUUGUCGAAGAAAAUGCAUGCAAAAUUGAAGAUUCUAGAAGUCCAACUUGCUCGGAGAAGGCUUCUGAAGAUGCUCCCCAGUCGAAAACUGUAAGUAAUGGUUGUGUUGAAUCAUUGCCUGCCUCUGUUUCCGAUGUUUCUGUGGAAGUUAACAAUGGAGCUUCAAAUGGUGACGAUGAAAAAAGUGUCGUGCCAUCAAACGCUAACUCGGAUUGUGAGGUGUUUGCUACAAAAACUGAUGGUGUCGAUCCAGGUGUAGUGCAGGACACUCCUGAUCGCACUGAAAGUGAUAAACCCAACGGAGAUGCAAAAGGAGAUGGAAAAACCGACGGUGUUGAUCCUGGUGUCAUCCAGGACAGUCCUGACCUUGCUCAAAGUGAUAAACCCGACGGAGAUGCAAAAACCGAUGGUGUCGAUCUUGGUGUCGUCCAGGACACUCCUGAUCGUGCUGAAAGCGAUAAACCUGAUGGAGAUGCAAAAAUCGAUGGUGUUGUCCAGGAUGCUCCUGAUCGCGCUGACACUAAUAAACCCGACGGAGAAAGCAAGACAUCGCCUCAGGACGCUGCAGCAACGUAGAACCAUGUCUGGUGAUGGUGCUGUUAUAGCCACUCCGGAACCUAGACAGUUUGAGAUCACAUAUGAAGAUGAUCGGAGCACGAGUUUCGAUUUCACAGAGGUUUGCAACAUUUUUAUCAUGCCACAAAACAAGAUGAUGAGAAUAAUUAGAUGAUAAUAGGGGUUGAAGAUUGUGGCCUUAACUAAUUUUGUGAUAAUUUUAGUAGUACUAGUGUGUGUAUAUGUGUAGAUGAUUUUUGGGGGAAAGCCAUUUUUAAAGCAGCAUCACCUAAUUUUGAGAUAUACUCUGUUUCCUCCUCGUUAUAUGUUUGUUAUAUUUCGACUUUUUAUAUAGUUUUCCAUGAAAUAGAAACUUGACGAUUUAUUUGUGUUA